GGAACAUUUGUCUACAGAUUUCAGUGACAACAAAAUAAAAAGAGUGUCGUAUACAACAACAGUACCAUGACAAUACCGCACUUAUACCACACCACAGCGCUCUUGCACAAUGCCAGUGCAGCUCUUGUAUCAUACACAAGUUCCGCUCUUGAAAUCCCUCAAUACUGACAAAUGGAACGCCCCUUGGAACACUAAAUCAAGCAAAUGCGUCAAGCCACGUAAGCAUUUAGUGGCAUAACUGCGCAUUUUAUCAACAUAUCUGAACUGUAUAGUGCAAAAGUUCCAGAGGGACCGAAAGAUUGGAAGAUGUUUAUUACUUUUAUAGUAAUGCUAUUUGUUGCACAAGCUAUCGUAGCUGAUAGCAAAUUAUUGAAGUGGACCAACAUGCGUGGCAACAGUGGGGCUUGCCAUCAUGUUCUCCGUGAGGUUAACAUUGCAGGGGAAGUAUGGCUCCACUUUGGCAGACGGGGACAAAACUGGAACUAUAUAGACUCUAUUUCUUACGUAUGCCCGAUCAAUCUACUACAACAAAGACACAUCAGUGCAAUGGCGGACUUUGAUAUAUUUGAUUAUGCCAUAGAGUCUGAUCUUCAAUUCCGCCUACAGGCUGACGAUAGUACUAACCCAAGUUUCUUGAAGGUUUCCAGUGUUGAUUCUCCAUGUUCGAUGGACGUCAUUGAAAUGGGUUACGGAAGCGAUCAUACGAAUUUGAGUUUUACGCCAAAUACGUUUGAUAGAAUACGAUGUGUGGGAAAUAACGGUAAUAAGUGUGGGCUGUUAAACAAGCCCCCAAGAGAUGGCGACACCAGCCCAAUCUUCAUCUGGCAAGUUUGUUUCAAACCAACAAGUAUACCCGAUGGGGCAUCUGCCUCUGGUGGUCAAUGGGCCCGUAAUAAAUUCACUUGGGCUGGUACAAAAUACGUUGUAAAAAUAAAAAUAGAAGACAGUUUUUAGAAUUAUCAACGUUGAUGAUCUUAGCAGCAUUAAAUAAAAUACUAAAUACCAAAACAUUGUUUCACUUUUAUAUCAUAAAACAUCGAACAAGCUCUAGAAAUAGCAAAUCGUCCCUCGAAGUUCAAUCACUCCCAGUAAAUAACC